CCUUAUUGUCUCAUACCACUUUUGAUUGCCCGUGCUUUUACUUGAUUUGUAAUUAGGCACCACUUAUAUACUAUUGUAAUAUAAACAAUUUUAUUAUUACCUAUACUACCAUGUUAUUGUAAUAACGAAAUAACUAAUGGUCUCAUUUUGUGAUAAAAUUAUCGCAAUAUCGCCUAACUUUUAUCAAUUCAGAAACAUAUUUAUUGUGCUUGCGAUCCAAUACAAUCCCUCAGUAACACUUUAAACUCACUCAGUGUAAGACGUGAAGUAAAUUGUUACGCUGGAAAAAUGGACAAAUUGUUAACAGUAACUGUUGAUGGGGAAGUUUUAAAGUUCCCUUUUGUCUGGCUACGAGAUAAUUGCCUGUGCGAGCAGUGUUUUCAUCCAACAGCAAAAAGUAGAGUUUAUUGGAGUGACUUACAUCUCAAGAUCAAACCCAAGGAGAUUACUGAAGGUAAAGAUUCAAUACAAGUUACUUGGGAAGACGGGCACAAAUCUAACUUUGAAUACAAUUGGUUAAAAAUAAGAAACUUUACUCCAGAGAGCCAGAGGAAAUAUGAUGAAGUAAUUUACAAACCAACUAAAAUAACUUGGCAUGGUGAAGAGUUUAAUGAUAUAUGUAGUAAACAUGACUAUAACCAGAUUGUGAAGACAGAUGAAGCACUUUACAACUGGCUGUAUAAGCUAUCUGUAUAUGGUGUUGCUAUAGUUAAAAAUACACCAAAUUCUGAAAACGCAAUUGAUGCAAUUAUAGACAGAGUUGCUUUUAUUAAGAGAAGUCAUUAUGGAGUGAAAUUCGUGGUACAGCACAUUUCAAAUACAAACAAUCUAGCUUAUUUGAGCAAUAACUUGCAAAUGCAUACAGAUUUACCGUAUUAUGAAUAUGGUCCUGGUAUCAACAUACUACAUUGCUUUGUUCAAACUGUAAGCAAGGGUGGAGAAAAUCUUCUGGUAGACGGUCAUUACAUAGCAAAAUACAUUAAAAAAAACCAUCCAGAGGAAUACAAACUAUUGACUGAGGUUGACAUAGAAUGGAAUGACAUGGGUACUGAAGAUGGACGUGAAUUCUUCAAGCUGUACCGAGCUCCAAUCAUUACCUUGGACAAAUACGGAGAAGUUCAAAGAAUUAACUUCUCUGUUCCUCAAAGAUCGAGUCAUUUUCUCACUCCUAUUGAAAAUAUCGAACCCUGGUACAGAGCUUAUAGUUUGUUUCUCCAGUUAUGCCAUAAGUUUGCAGGAAAAUUCAAAAGUGAGCAAGGAGAUAUUUUGGUGUUCGAUAAUAUUAGACUUAUACAUAGUAGAAAUGGAUAUGUGGACAAUGAAAAUAAUGUACGGAAGUUAAUUGGGGCUUAUAUAGACUGGGACGAGAUUUAUUGUAAAUUGAGAUGCCUUACUAUGAAAUUAGGGUAUAAUAAAGGCUUUAAUUAAUAGUGUAAUGCUUUUCACAAGAAAAUUACACCCUAGACAUAUUUGCAUGUCUUAUAU